ACUAUCGACUGCGCCAGGAGAGCCCGGAGCUCCAGUGAGCAGUCUGUGCGGGCCCCUGCCGGUCCUCCUGCCCCGCGGCGGGGCCGAGCGGGCCUGGCCGGUGCCUCUUGCGGCCGCAGGCACUCCUCUCGGCCCUCGUUCUGGGUAGUGGCGGCAGCCUAGUUCGCGGGGCGUUGUCGGGUUGUGGCCGUUUGACCCGCGCUCGGGAGGCGCCGGCGCCGGAGCGUCCUUUGCAGGGUUUCCAGCCGGGUCCGAGGAGUAGCCACCCUGGCUGGUCUCUCCUAGGUCUGCGUCUGAUUGGUUCCUCAUGCUUUGUCCAAAGGCAAGGUCAGCAGAAGCCCUCGCCGCGUCCGUUUGCACUGGAGCAGUCUUGGGCUCCGAGUGCGUGAGCGCUGGCUCCCUGCUUCGCGAACCCUCACGUGAGGGCUGUUAGCGGUUAGUGACUAGCUGGCCUGCUCCCCAUGGAGGAUAGAGGCCCUCCUGCCUUUGCUGAGGGCUGGAGAUGCCUAUCUGGGAGUCCUGCACAGGAAGACCCAGAUGGUCAGGCUGCCUCUGAGCCCAGCAAGUCACCCUCAUCAGUCCACAGACAUCUAAGCAGGAAAAAUGGGCUUUCCAGACUCUGCCAGAGCCGGAUGGCGCUUUCUGAAGACAGGUGGAGCUCUUACUGCCUGUCAUCACUGGCCACCCAAAACAUCUGCACAAGUAAACUGCACUGUCCUGCUGCACCUGAGCACACCGACCCACUGCCUGGGCCCCUGGGCAGCACAUCUUGCUGCUCCUUGCUGCGUGGCCUGCCUUCAGGGUGCUCUGCAUCUCUGCUGUCAGCCCCAGUGUACAACCCCAACAAGGCUGUCUUUACCGUUGAUGCCAAGACCACAGAGAUUCUGGUUGCCAAUGACAAAGCCUGCAGCCUCCUAGAGUAUAGCAGUCAUGACCUGAUUGGUCAGAAGCUUGCACAGUUCUUCCUCAAGUCAGAUUCCGAGGUGGUGGAAGCCCUCAGCGAGGAGCAUGUGGAGGCUGACGGCCGUGCCGCAGUGGUGUUUGGCACAGUGGUAGACAUUGUCAGCCGCAGCGGGGAGAAGAUUCCAGUCUCUGUAUGGAUAAAGAGGGUGCAGCAAGAGCGUGGCCUGUGCUGUGUGGUGGUCCUGGAGCCCGUGGAGAGGAUCUCUGCCUGGGUCACCUUCCAGAGUGAUGGAACCAUCACGUCAUGUGAUGUUCUCUUUGCUCAUCUCCACGGGUUCAUGUCUGCAAAGGAAGUGGUUGGUCAGUGUGUCACAGACUUGAUUCCAUCCAUGCAGCUUCCUCCUCCUGGCCAACAUGUCCCAAAGAACAUCACUUUCCUGAUUCCUGGUUUCUACCACUACAUGGACCUUGCAUAUAACGGUUCUGUACAGCUGCCAGAUCUGACCAACUGCCUGGACAUUGGCAGCACGAAUCAGCCUGGGGAUGUUCGGCAGGACUGGGGCCUGGCCAGUAGGGUCCAGGAUGUGGAGGUAGAUGUGGUGCCACCCUGUGAUCACGUAGUACUGUCACAAGAUGAAACCUUGAAGCAAGAAAGACAGGAAGUCUUUCCUGGGACUCACACACGGCUGGAAACUGGGAACCCGACACCUUCCCACUCAUCUCAGCCCUCCUUGAGGGUGGACAGCAACCUGGCACGCAGUGAGCAGUCAUUGCCCACAGACCAGCAAAGCAUUCCAGAGAGAAGCCUCCAAGGCCAUGGUAGACAGUUACUUUCUAAGAACCAGCCAGACACCCCAGAAGGAACCUCUCCAGUCCAUCAUGAACUGUUGUCUGAGAUCCAGAAAAAUAUCUCAGAAGAAAGCCCUCCAAUCCACAGAGAAUGGUUGUUGCUCAAGGGGCAGCAGGACACUGUAGAAGGAAGCCUACCAGUCCAUGAAGAGCAGUCAUUGCUUUUAGACCAGCGUGUCACUGUCUUCAGGAAGAAAGAUCCUGCAACAGUAGAGAGCUCUAGGUGGAGUCUUUUAGGAGAAAGCAGUUCUGAACCAGUGGAUGCAAAACUGAUUGUUCCUUUGGGACUGGAGGAUUCUGAACCUCCAGUCCCAGCCAAGCCCAGGAACAGCAGCAUGGACAUAUAUAGCUUGCAUCAGGAAGCUCAGCUGGAGCUGAUGGGUGUCAGCAGUCCCAGCCCCUGGGCUGAUGCCACCAUGCCCGAGCCCCACACCACAGGGCAGCUAGCAGGAGGGGGCUUCCUGACACACUGCUCUCAUUACAGGAGUGAGUGCAUCUUGCAGCCUCGAGGCCAGGACUUCGCCCCCAGCCCCUCAGGAAUGGCAUGUGUCUUGCUUGGGACACCCACUUUGGAUGAGUCAUGGUCAGGAGUGAGAAAUGACCGAGAAGAGCUACAGACCUGCUUGAUUAAGGAGCAGUUGUCCAAGUCGAGUUUUACAGGAACUCUGGGCAUUUCCUGUGUGGAACUUGUCCCAGCAGAGCAUCCUCCUUUCACUGCCCCUGUGUCCUUCUGUGAUCUGGGAGACAGAGAUCUACAUGGCAGCCGCUCUGGCAGCUCCUCAGCCUGCUAUGCGUUAGCCACUGACCUCCCUGGUGUCCUGGAGACGGGGGAGACCCAGGAGGCGGACAUGAAUUCUUAUUCCUGGAACCUCAGGGAGCUCUUUCUCAGCGACCAGACAGACCAAACUUCAUCAGACUGUUCCUGUGCCACAUCUGAAUUCAGCGAGGCGCCUUCUUCAGUGGUUGACUCAGAUUUAGAUAUGGGUGUUCUCCACAGGCAGAAAUCAGAUAGUAUGGGUGAUCGAGAGCUGCUUCUGACUGGCACCUACUUUGACCUUAGUGAAGGCCGACGGUUCCAGAAGAUUGGCAUAGGACAUGAUCAAAGAGAACUGUCUGCAAUUUCUUUGGUGUCCUCUAAACACUAUGAAGCUAGUGACAUAGAAAACCCAGGCUGUGACCUUCCCACACCAGAACCUGGUCCUGAGGAUAUGUGCCUAUCAGCAGAGGGGCCGAGGCUGAGUGCCCAGGUCACUUCCACUCCUGUGGCACCUGGUACCAGCUGCCCGCAGCAGGAGAUCCAGGAGGGCACCUACUCUGGAAGUUGUUACCACCGAGAUGGCUUGCUGCUGAGUGUACAGUUUGAAGUGAAGCGAGUAGAGCUCCAGGGAUCUGCAACCCUCUUCUGCUGCUGGCUGGUGAAGGACCUCCUGCAUAGCCAUUGGGACUCAGUGACCAGGACCCGCUUGCUCCUCGCCAGCCUGCCUGGCUCUACCCACUCCAUGUCCGAACUCUCUGGAUCCGACCUUGGGGGGGUGCUCAGGGCCAAGCCCUGGUUUGAGGAGUCUCCCACACCUGCAGAGCUGGAGGGGCUGGCAGCCUGUGAGGGUGCGUACUCUCACAAAUACAGUACCCUCAGCCCACUUGGCAGCGGUGCCUUUGGCUUCGUGUGGACCGCAGUGGAGAAGGAGCACAACAAAGAGGUGGUGGUAAAGUUUAUUAAGAAGGAGAAGGUUUUGGAGGAUUGUUGGAUUGAGGACCCCAAACUUGGAAAAGUUACUUUGGAGAUUGCGAUUCUGUCCAAGGUGGAACAUGCCAACAUAAUCAAGGUUCUGGAUGUAUUUGAAAACCAAGGCUUCUUCCAGCUGGUGAUGGAAAAGCACGGCUCCGGCCUGGACCUCUUUGCUUUCAUCGAUCGCCGUCCCAGCCUGGAUGAGCCCCUGGCGAGCUACAUUUUCCGACAAUCCCCCGGCAUCUUAUUGCAGCUGGUGUCUGCUGUGGGAUACCUCCGCUCACAAGGCAUCAUUCAUAGAGACAUCAAGGAUGAGAACAUCGUGAUUGCUGAAGAUUUCACAAUUAAGCUGAUAGAUUUUGGCUCAGCUGCCUACUUGGAAAGGGGCAAGCUAUUCUACACGUUUUGUGGAACAAUUGAGUACUGUGCACCUGAAGUUCUCAUGGGGAAUCCCUACAGAGGUCCAGAGUUGGAGAUGUGGUCUCUGGGGGUUACACUUUACACACUGAUUUUCGAGGAGAAUCCCUUCUGUGAGGUGGAGGAAACCAUGGAGGCAGCCAUACAUCCCCCGUUCCUGGUGUCCCAAGAACUCAUGAGCCUUGUGUCUGGACUGCUGCAUCCUGCCCCCGAGCGGCGUACCACCCUGGAGAAGCUAAUCAUAGACCCUUGGGUGACACAGCCAGUGAACCUUGCUAACUACACCUGGGAAGAGGUUUGUCGGACCAACCAGCCAGAAAGUAGCCUGCUGUCAACUGCAAGUCUGGAGCUUGGGAGGAGGAAUCCAAGUGAAGUGGCUCAGACAAAGGGUGUCUGUGGGCCUCCUGCUCCUAGGGAGGCUCCUGGUGGCCAGCACUCCUUGCAUCCUGAGGACCCCUCUCUGCCAGUCAGCUGAACUCAAGCUUCCUCCUUAUCUUCUUCACUUGGUUAUGGAUUUCAGGACUUUCUACCUGGAGAAAGGAAAUUAUCAAGAAACGAAUUCCCCUUCAAACCCCUGUGCAAGUUUAAGUGCCAAACAAAGCCAGCAAUACUAUUUUUUUUUUUUUUUGGUUUAUAAAAUAGACUUCUAAUGCAUGUUUUUUUAUGACCUUGGAAAAGCAUUCUAGUGUUCAGUUACUUUGUAUUAUUAAAGAGCUUUAAGUCAUGAGCUUCAGAAAGGCAUAAGGAGUGUUUUAAUUCUACUGCUUGGUUGGAAAAAUACUUGGUUUUCUUUUGUUUUUCCAUUUUUGUACCCGGUCAUUUGCCACAACUCUAAAGAAGUCCAUUUUGGCUUUGCCUAGAACACCAAGACUACUGGUCAUCUGUCAACCAGUGAUGCCCUGCCAGCACUCACAGACAUCCUGUGACUGGCCCAGCCCCACCCAUGUCUAUGGGAAGAGCUUCAUCCUUACCUGUGUCUGUGUGAGGGACUCUAGGCCCACCCCUGUGUCUUAUGUGAAACUCUUCAACCCAACCUGUGUCUGUGUAGGGGCCUCCAGGUCCACCCCUGUUUCUGUGAGGAGCUCUAGGCCCAGCCCCCAGAAGUUAGUGAUGUGUUUGCUUUAGAAUUCAGAUGCUCAAGGCUGUUUCCAAAAUGAAGCAUUUUUUUCCUUGUCUCUAUGCCGCUUAUAAAGUGCAAGAUGUUGCAGAAAUUUCUUUU